AUGAAUCUACAAAAAAGUUUAAUCAAUUCAAAAAUCAUAGCCUCUCCUGUAACAACCUCUCCGCAAAGUCCCUUUUCAACUUCUGGCCUGUCGUCUCCUGAUAGCCCGACUCCUAAACAAGUACCACCAAUUCGACGUAGUCUCAAUGGAAAAAGACACAAUAAUACAAAUGAACAAUCAACACCUUCCCUGUUAAUUGAACCUGCUCCCGCACCUGCCAUGUAUUGGACAAAAAUAAAAACAAACGGUAAAAUACCCAAGGCUUUGAGGGGACAUACAGUCAAUUUAGUUGGGGAAUUGAUGUACGUAUUUGGAGGGCGCGAUUUACUCAUUGGAGAAGCACCUCCGCCAUGUCGUGCACAUUCAUCAACACUUGUUGAUAAAAAGUUAUUUAUAUUUGGUGGAGGAGAUGGUUCAGUAUACUUUAAUCAUUUAUAUAUUUUUGAUACAGAUACAUUAUCGUGGAGUAAGCCUGAAACAACCGGAGAUAUACCAUUACCACGUCGUGCACAUACUACAGCAUACUAUAAUAAUAGCAUUUAUGUGUUUGGUGGUGGAGACGGUGCGCGAGCACUCAAUGACGUUCACAUGUUGAAUGUAUCUGAUUUAAACAACUUGGUGUGGAAAAAAGUAGAACCUAGUGGACGUGCACCAAUUUCUAGGGGAUACCAUACUAGUAAUUUGGUUGGAAGCAAGUUAGUUGUUUAUGGGGGAAGUGAUGGACUCGAAUGUUUUAGCGAUGUUCAUAUUUUGGAUUUAGAAAAAAAUAAAUGGAUCCAAGUUCAUAGUGAAAAAUUUUAUAAAAGGCUUUCACAUACAUCAACUAGAGUUGGAUCAUAUUUAUUUAUUAUUUGUGGUCAUAAUGGCACACAAUAUUCAUCUGAUUU